AUGUUGCAGUUCAAGCAUGAGCACAUUUUGAGACUGCUGGCUGUUUGUGUUGAAGGAGAACCCUGCUAUUUGCUGCUGGAGUUGAUGGAUGGAGGAGACCUUCUGAGUCACUUGAGGAGUAACAGACCAACAACUCAUGCAUGUUCGUUGGAAAGUGAGAUACUGGAGUACAGGUACACACACCUGCACCGGUUCCCAACGUCCAUGGAUCUCCUCGAGCCUCUGCUUCUUUUGCUGCUGCUUGUUGUGCUCUGUAACUUCCGCUUCAACAUCGUCAAGAUUGGGGACUUUGGAUUGGCCAGGGAUGUUUACAAAAAUGAUUACUACAGGAAGGAAGGAGAAGGUUUAUUGCCCGUCAGGUUUGAUAUGAUGACCAAGUGUUGGAGCUACAGUCCGGAAAACCGCCCGAGUUUCAGGUACUGUCUGGAGUACUUGUCGGGACUGCGGAAGAAAAUGAGGGGACUUUGGGACGAAGCCAUUCAGCAGAGAAACAAUGACACCCAUGGCGACCUCACUUGGCACCAGGAACUCUGUGAAGCCGUUUUUGGCAGGAUUCAGUAUCACCCAAUUUGCUCUCAUCGCAAUUGCUCUUCGUGGAGAUCGUCGACAAGUACGAGAGAUGGUCAGCAAUCCAGAAACGCCGUGACAACAAGUGUAGUUUCUUCGGGGAAUCGGAGUUCAGAUGUCGGGGGUUAUGUUGUACCAGCGUCCAGGCAAGUCGUGCGGCUGUCGGCAGAUGUCGCCAGCGACGUCACAGGAGUCACUAGUUUACCAAAGUAUCUGGAGAUUGUCAAUGGUUCCACCAAUGGUGGCUACGAGGUGCCAUUUUGCUUUACGACAUCGCCAGGGAAUGGAGUAGUGAUUGAAGCAGAUUUGGCACGAUUGUAUGCCAAUUCCAGUCGAUGGGCGUCAGUUUUAGGCGGGGUUUGUCAGCCUCGUCAUCAGGCCUCUACGUCGACGUCGACAUCAGAUGGGAUGACGAGUGACACUGACGAGUCGCAGCAGUUCAACAGCAUGACACCCUUGUAUGCCAAACCGAAACCGCGUCGACACCAUAAAAUAUGUCCCAAUAAGUCAGAGUAUGUCAAUGUUCAGGCGCUACCUUUUGUUGGCAAAGAAACCGUUUGCUGAAAUAUGUAAGGCCGCGAAAUGAAUUUUAUUCG